AUCAUUCUUCGCGCGGUAAACGCGUCUACAUUCGAAAUUUAAAUCGGAACGGAGAAAAGGCGCGUAAAAAUUUCCGAGCGAAAAUGUAAUGGCGUUGGUUGUUUAAUUUUUAAUCAUUAUUUUCGACUAGAUUUGUCAUUGGUCGGUCGUGUCAAGAAGUUAAGGAUAUAUAUAAGAAAAAAAUAAAACAAAGUGCAAGUAAAUAAACAAAAAAUGUUGGCAAAGGUCUUCAGUAUAUUAAUACUAUCCUCCCUGGCAGUAGUUAAUGCAACUGUGCCGGCCACAGCGAGUGCAAAUGAGAUCAAACAAGAGCCUAAGAAAAGGACUGUGAACCCAGGAGCAGCACUGUACCCUCAAGCUACAGAGACCAGGGACCUAAGGAAAUUGGACGGCAUAUGGAACUUCAGACUGUCUCCAACAGACCCAGAAUAUGGAUACAAUAAUGGAUGGUACGAGCAGGAUCUUGAAAGAAGUGGGCCUGUGAUCCACAUGCCGGUGCCGUCUUCGUACAACGACAUCGGAGAGGACGAGGGCCUGAGGGACCACGUGGGGCUGGUGUGGUACGACAGGAGGUUCUUCGUGCCAGCCAGCUGGGGUCUCACCCGCCAGAGAGUCUGGCUGAGGUUCUGCAGCGUUCACUACGCAGCUCAAGUGUGGGUGAACGGCAAAUCUGUGACGUUCCACGAGAUUGGUCACCUGCCCUUCGAGGUGGAGAUUACAGAAGUGGUUAGUUACAACAGCAGCAACCUUCUCACGGUCGUCGUGGACAAUAUCCUGUUGAGCGACACAGUGCCGCAGGGCACCAUUAAAGAUACAUUUAUUGGGAACACCAAGGUGCGACAGGAACAGAGCUACACGUUUGACUUCUUCAACUACGCGGGCAUCCAUCGUUCCGUCUUCAUCUACUCCACGCCACAGACUUACAUUGACGACGUCAUUGUUAACACUGACAUACAGGGCCUGACAGGAUUCGUUGUGUACAAUGUAUCUCACAAAGGACCUGGAGUGAACUCUGAGUGCGUUGUGCAGCUGUUUGACAGGAAUGGGUCACAAGUGGCUGGAUCACAGGAUUGCGCUGGGUUACUUGAGAUUGGUAACGCUAACUUCUGGUGGCCAUACCUGAUGCACCCAGACUCGGGCUAUUUGUACACUUUCAAAGCAUCACUGAUCAGUCCUCUCGGUGACCUCAUCGACACCUAUAGUUUGAAGAUUGGUAUUAGAACGGUCACAUGGACCAACACAACGGUCUACAUAAACGAUAAGCCCAUUUACUUGAGAGGCUUUGGCAUGCACGAAGAUUCUGACCUGAGGGGCAAAGGUUGGGAUCCAGUUCUGUGGGUCAAGAACUUCAACCUGAUAAGGUGGGUCGGAGCGAAUGUCUUCCGGACAUCACAUUAUCCAUACGCAGAAGAAAUAUAUCAGUUGGCUGACGAAUACGGCAUCAUGGUCAUAGACGAAUGUCCUAGCGGAGAUACUGAUAUAUUUUCGGACACUUUGCUAGAAAAGCACAAGCAGUCACUAACAGAGCUGAUACGCCGUGACAAGAACCACCCCAGUGUCAUCAUGUGGUCCAUCUCCAAUGAGCCUAGAUCGAGCAACUUUAAGGCGGAUGCUUAUUUCGGGAAAGUUGUGAAGCACGUCAAAUCGAUGGAUCUGUCCCGGCCAGUCACAAUCGCAAUUUCACAGACGUAUAUUAGUGACCGAUCGGGCCAACAUCUGGAUGUGAUCUGCUUCAACCGGUACAACGGUUGGUACAUCAACACGGGCUCGCUCGACAAUAUUGCCAGCAACGUGGUCAAUGAGGCGACCGCCUGGCAUAAAAGAUUCAAUAAACCUGUUAUAAUGACUGAAUAUGGCGCUGACACUAUCGCGGGAUUGCAUUUGAUUCCAGCGUAUGUUUGGUCGGAAGAAUACCAAGUCGCUUUAAUGUCAGAACACUUCAAGGCAUUCGAUCGUUUACGCAAAACUGGAUUCUUUGUUGGUGAAUUCAUUUGGAACUUUGCUGACUUCAAAACAACGCAAACAAUAACACGAGUUGGUGGAAACAAGAAGGGUAUAUUCACAAGGGAAAGACAGCCUAAAGCUUCAGCGCAUCAUCUGCGAGCGAGGUACCUAGACCUUGCCGCAGCAGACUCGGGCGCACCUCCGCCGGAAGUCUCCCUCUACAUCAGCGAUCAUAAACAAGCCGCGCACGAGGAGCUAUAGUGUAGCCUGAAACACACUGACUGACUACUUAUAGCUUAAGCACAUCAUCAAAUUUGAUACAGCCGAACCAUCGGACGCGUUCUGUUAGCGGACCAUAUUCGAUGGUAUAUCGCAUUGUACAUGGCACAGGUCCGAGUACGAUGCCCGACCAAUUGGUGCGAGGCGCCCACCGGACCGUCCGAUGGUCCGGCCGUACCAAAUACGACCAUGCGCUUAGGCUAUACCAACCAAGAAAUUUGUGGUGUUGAUUGCAUUUAUAUUUUUUCCAAGUAGGUAUGGACUAUGGACUGCUAUGACCAAUGUUAAAACAGAUACCCUUCGAUAACACAAUCACAAUUGUAGAUAAGAAAUUGUGAUAAAUCUUAAUUUUAAUAAUAUCUCUUGGAUGUACUUGUUAUGAGUACAAUGAUGAGCAUUUAUCAUCUUUUUGUUAAAUAAAUUACCCCACCAAUGUGUUACGUAUUAAUAGGAUAAGAUUUCUUUCAUAUACCUAUAUAUUUUUAAAGUACAUAUUGUAUUCACAGUAAUAUUGGCCUAAGGCUAUAUACUACUAGCUUUAUGUUUCAAAUAAUACUAAAAUAACAAACUUUCCGUCCUCUGGAUCCGUCCCUGAUUGACGAAAAGAUAGUUACGAUAAAGUUAAAUGUUACUCUAGGUAUAGUAUUAUACCUAGACCUACAUCAACAGUGACCAUACUAAAUAUUGUAUGAUAUGUUCAGUUUAUUAAAUCUUUAGUAUUAUUGUGUGUAAUUAGAACUAGCUAGAUUAGCAACACUGCAAUCAAAUGUUCUUAAUGUUUUCAACUUAAUAUAAUAAGUCUAAAACCCAAUGUAUGACCUCUAUUAACACAUAUCAAUUUGUAAAGAGAUCAGACAUUUAAAUAUUUAUUACUCGACUCAAGUUUUGACAUCAUGCUUCUCUAUUCCUAGGAAUUGCGUAAUAACUUAAAAAUAAUAUUAUGUAAUUAAGUAUUUGUGAACAGUAAAAAAAUAAAAGUACAAAAUAUUACUCUUUAAUAAA